AUGGUGGGUGCACUUUUCUGGCACUUUGUCGGUGCACUUUUUCUGUGCGCCUCGAACCACCGUCACAUCGCUGUCACAAGUCUCGGUGCACCAUUUCGGCGGUGCACCAUUUUUCGUGUCUCUCUAAAGUGGGUUGUCAAGGAUAGGGAUGCAGCAAUAACAAAAAGAGUAUCAGCUCUUUUUGGUAUCAUUUCGCAAUUUGCGAUCAACGUCGUUAUAUCUGAAUUGUUUGCUGCUCGCCGUUUGACCCUAGGAUCAUCGCAAUGUAAUGGUGGUGAUGUCUAUGUCAGUUACCGUUUGCUGUGCAGACACUAUCUAUACGAGCGUAAUGACCAAGAAAUCUUGCAUAUGGAUAUAUUUGACAAAGGAUGGAAAUUGGUGUCAUGUACAACAAAAGUAUCUGAAGAACCUGUCAUCGAAGAGCUUAGUACCGAUAUCAACAGUGUUGAGGUAGAUGCAUUGGAGCUAGAUUAUCAAGAACUUCAAGAUUGA